UCUCUCUCGUCCUCGCCAUCGUAGCUCCUGCCACGCUUUCCCCGAGCUCCCCACCCCGAGCUAGCCGUCGCGCGCCAUGGCGAAGACCACAUGCAAGCUCUGCUUCCGCCGCUUCGCCAGCCCCCGCGCCCUGGCCGGGCACAUGCGGUCCCACUCCCUCGCCACCGCCGCCGCCGCCGCGAGGCAACAGAUCUCCACCGCGUCCUCCGCGGCGGCGACCGACGAGGACGUGGGGUUCAAGAGGCCGCUCCCAAUCUACACGCUCCGGGAGAACCCGAAGCGCAGCCUGCGCGUGUCCGAGUCCUCGGAUCGCGAGAGCGAGGCCGAGUCCACCCCGCCGCGGGCCAAGCGCGCGCAGGCUGGGGCCGGCGCCUGGGGCGACGCCGAGCCGGUGAGCUCGCUGUCGGACGCGGCCACGCCCGAGGAGGACGUGGCGCUGUCGCUGAUGAUGCUCUCCCGCGACUCGUGGCCGUCGGCGGGCUACGGCGACGGUUACGAGUACUCGGACGACGACGACGACGAGGAGGAGAGCGACGGCGGGUACGCGCUCGUCCUCGCCCGCGAUCCGGCGCCGGUGGCGGCGGAGAAGCGCACGCGGUUCCAGUGCGGCGCGUGCAAGAAGGUGUUCCGGUCGUACCAGGCGCUGGGCGGGCACCGCGCCAGCCACGUGCGCGGCGGCCGGGGCGGCUGCUGCGCGCCCCCCGUCGCGCCGCCUCCUACCCCGGCAGCGCCGAAGCCGCGUCAGGCGCCGGCAUUGGACGGGGAGGGGCAGCCGCGCGAGUGCCCCUACUGCUACCGCGUGUUCCCGUCCGGGCAGGCCCUCGGCGGCCACAAGCGGUCCCACGUCUGCAUCGCCGCCGCGGCCGCGGCGCAGGCGCAGGCGCACGCCGCCGCCGCCGUUGCGCCACCGCACGCGGGCAGGGACCUGGACAUGAUCGAUCUGAACGUGGCGCUGCCGUUCGAGGAGGUGGAGGUGUCGGCCGUGUCGGAUCCCCGCCUGUCUCCCAACCCAGGUGCCUGAAGCAAAGCUCCGGCUGCUUCCGAGAACCGAGGAGGCGAUCUGAGGUGAGCAUUGGUAGGCAGAUAAAUCCAUCAGAGAAACUUACAGGUAAAAGAGAAGAAGAGAAACAGAGAUAAGAAAGACGCGUCUUUGUUAUAGUUCGUCGAAACGAUAGCUGUCAAAUUUGCUCGUACAUUGUUGGAUUCCAUUGAUCUGUGUUUAGAAUGUUGAA